UGUCUGAGGCUGAGAGACGUGCCUGCAGUCACAGGGUUUAUUUAACACGUAGUCAGUCAUAAACCCACCCAGCUCUCACACGCUGCGUGGAGUCUCCCCAGGCAUACUACCGAGCCCAGACCUCAGGGUGACAACAUCCAGCCGCGCUCCGGCUGCAACUCUCAACGGGAACGCAAACACUGGAUACUAGGAGAUACUUUCCUUUCUCUCUUUUAUUUCUACAUUCAAUGACUCCUCUGUGGGUUUGAAUCGCGGUAGCAGACGGAACAUCUGGGACGCGUUUUUUAAGGCUUUUGAAGCGAUUUCUUCGGGUUUUUAUUUCACGGUGAAGCGACAUGGAGAGGAUUACCAGUGCGCAACCCCCUCCCUGUGUUCCAAAGCGCCAGUCACUGGACAUGCACGGAAUGGAGUUUCCCAUCUAUGUGUACAAGCCCAGGAGGGGCAUGAAGCGCGGGGAUGAGAGCAAGGAGACCUACAAGCUGCCGCACCGGCUCAUCGAGAAGAAAAGACGGGACAGAAUCAACGAGUGCAUCGCGCAGCUGAAGGAUCUGCUGCCAGAACAUCUGAAGCUUACAACGCUGGGUCAUUUGGAGAAAGCCGUGGUGCUGGAGCUCACUCUGAAGCAUGUGAAGGCCCUGAGUGCCCUCCUGGAGCAGCAGCAGCAGAAAAUCAUGACGCUGCAGAAGGACCUAAAGAUCAGCGACCAUGGAGGCGAAGGUGCAGAGAGCAGUGAGGAGAUGUUCCGCUCCGGCUUUCACCUGUGCGCUAAAGAAGUCCUCCACUACCUGGCCAGCCAGGAGAGCAGCAGAGACCUGACCCCUUCAAACGUCAUCAGUCACAUCCAGAAGGUGGCAGCCGAAGUCCUGCAGCAUCCCAGCGGCCCUCAGCCAGCCGAGCCCACCCAGAACAAACCCCCCGGGCAGCCUCAGAGGGCCUCAGAGGGCCCCGCUAAGAACUGUGUCCCCGUCAUUCAAAGGACUUACCCCCACGGGACGGGGGAGCAGAGCGGCAGCGACACAGACACCGACAGCGGCUACGGGGGAGAGCACGACAAGCGCGACCCCAAAGCGCAGUGGACAGAGAGCCACGCCAGGGAGGCCGAGCUCAAGCGCCCCCCGUCUGAGCGGACGCCCGGCGCAGUCAAGCGGGAGAGUGACGAGCCUCAGGCCAAGAGGUCCAGGUCGGACUCCUUGGAGGAUGACGCCCUGUCCGGUCACGCGGCAGGAGGUCCUGGCGGUUACAUGAGCUUCUCCCCCAACCAGCCCCCGUUCUGCCUCCCCUUCUACCUCCUCCCCCCGGCGGCUGCAGCGGCGGCGGCGUACCUGCCCAUGCUGGAGAAGUGCUGGUACACCGGGGGCAUGCCGGUCAUGUACCCGAGCAUGAACGGCUCCAUGGCGAGCCUCCCUCCGGACACGCUGCCCUCUUCCCUGGUCAUGUCCCCCAGGGCCGGGUCUCCAGUACCCCACCAGACCCCUAUGGACUCCCCCGCUCUCCACAAAGCUUUAAAGCAGGUCCCCCCUUUGAACUUGGAAACCAAAGACUAAGCAGACGUGUCUGAGACAGAAUCUUGUCCUCUGAAUGUUGAACGGGGUGAAACGGAUAGAGGGCAGAAGAAACACAAACGCUGUGGCGUCCCUUCAAACCCCCGCCGUAGUCCCGCCCCAGCACAGCACCCCCAAACGGUAACUGUCCCGUCAUCGGCCCCCAAACCCGAAGGCGGACUUUUGAGGGCAAACCUGGAGUGGCCCAGGCGAAGGUCUCAUAUCACACCCGUUGCUCUGAAACACUGUGAACACGGUCGGUUUGCAGCGUGGACACGAGACGGCGAGAGGUUUUUAACUUUUUAUUUUUAGCUAUGUUUGUCUUCUCUGCGCUCAGUGUUGAAUGUCAGAGUCGAACCCAGAAUGUAAUGCACAGACAAGCCCCCGCCCUCCAGAUGAUUCGCAUUAACACGAACACACAAUUACACAACGUCACGUCUCUAAUGAAUGUAAAGAUUGAACUAAAGCCCCUCGUAGAUGCUGCUUGAAUUCUUAUCACCUGCUGUAGAUCUGUUCAUGGAGGAUCUACCUUCUUCAGUAUUUGUCGCUUCAGCAACUGCAACAAAACCAAUAUGUAGAAUGUUACCAAAAAAUAAACCUCUCUAUCUAUAUAUAUUUAUAUAGAUAUAUAUGUCUGAGGCGUCACCCUUUAGUUAUGUCAGAGCUAAAUGUGCACAAGAGAUCAUGAUGUUUAAAGAAUUCAGGGCGUUGACACUGUACGAGGUGUGUCACUCGUGGACAUACGCGCUUUUACCAUUUUAUUUGUGACUCAUGACUGUUUGUGCAUUUUAGAUGGAGUUCCUGUGAAGUAACGUCUUGUAAUUAUUUUUUCUGCUCAUGCUACUUGUACAUCUCUAUUUUUGAUACGUGGCCCCGCUGGUGGGUAUUAGUAGAGCUACCGGAGGGAGGAGGGAGGAGGGAGGAGGGAGGAGGAAGGAGGUGGUUUCAGGUGGAGGUGGCCAUUUUCGCUGUAUGCUGCAAAAACGUGUACAGUGUGCGUAAUUGCCCAAUGUGCAUCCUGGCCCCCAGGUUCCCCGGUCGAGUCGAGGCCUGGUUUUAGCUCAUGCUGUUGCCUUUACUCGCAGACACAACAAGUGUUUAGACGUGUUCGCUUCAAAUCUCUGUGUCUGUGGCAAACAGAGUGAAUGUAAGACUCAAACAAAAAAUAAUAGUUUUAUAUAGAAAGAGGUACUUGGGAUUUUUAUUUUGAAACGUUAACACAUGGUUGUACAUAUUUUGUAUAUAAAGUAUUAUUGAUAUAUAUAUUAAAAUAUUAAUAAAGCUUCUCUUUUUUUGUC